AAGUUUGCUGUGCGGGGAAUCGUUGCGGGCUGUUCCAUGCUGUUGUUGGAUGCGAUCUGCUGCUCUUGCUAGCGGGACGAUGUGUGCUUGCCCGGCCCAUUUUAGAGCAGUGUCGGCAGCGAGUGCGGUGAACCAUGUUCAUUAAGAAACAGCACAUCGACGUCAGGAAGUCGGCGCAAAAGGUGCUCGAACCGAAGCGAGAUUCCUUGAGUCGACUCAAACACCUUCGGGUCUACCUAGACAAUGUUGAAACUGCUGAGGCGAAGACAUUCUUUGAGAUCAACUACAGUCACAUCUACUGCGUCUUUCACGAUGUCUUUACCUCACUGGAGGCGACGCUUAGACAGAGAGUGCACAAGACUCAAAAAGAAGAGCUGGACAAUGUGAAAUACAUAUUUGAGCGAAUUCUGGUGCUGCUUCCUGAACUGCUGGCUCAGCGAUGGCAGUGGCACAGCAUACGCGCCAUCAUUCGAAAAUUCCUUCACUCGGGGAACUCCUUGAGGCUGCGCAGGGAUGGCGUGCGUUUCUUCCUGCUGUGGUACCAGAUCCUGGCUGAGAGGGCGCCGUCCGAGGUCCAUGCCAUGUUUCUGCACCUAGUGCCUGGGCUGCUUCCGGGCUCACCACCGCCAGUGCCUGUCGCUGGCUCGGGCAGGUUUCCGGAAGCGUACCAGGACUCCACAUUCUACACGUCAGUGGAGGUCGACUCUGGCCCGAUCGUUCCCUACGAUUUCGGACCCCUGAUGCCUCCGCAGAGCGGUGAGGUGCAGCCGGAGAAUCCAACCGUCACAUUUCUGGAAUUUCUCAUGGAGUACAUGGUCACGCAGGCGACAAAAAUUCAGUGGUCGGAGGCCCAGGACGACCACCACCACCGGUGCUUCGAGUUUCUCUUUGAGAAGUUCAAGAAGCACUUUCUGCCGCACAUCUUUCCCGACUUCUGCUACUCAAACAGCAUCUACAAGCCUAACCUAGUGUCUGAAGGUUAUCACUGGGUGUGCACUUCUCUAGAGCUGCCCUCGCUCCGCAAGGACAAGAAGCCUGCCACUGCCGAUUCCAAUGCUGCCGCGGUUGCGGCGCUGUGUCGCAGUGUCGUGGUGCAGUGGGUGGUCAGUCACACGCAACCGGCAAAGCUGCGCAAGGAAGAUGCUGCUGCGGCCACCCGGCACACUGACGGGCACCAAGUCAGAAAACAAGACCACACCGAGUCUGGUGUGGAGAGGACCUCGGCACCGUCUGGGGGCUCUGGCGGCACGUCGCAGAAUGUACACGAAAGCCACUCGGUGCCCUCCGGGUCGUCCGUGGCACCAUCGCUCGCUAUUGGCAGUCUCGCAGAGCGAGACUCCGAAAGCCAGUUUCAGCAGACGCAGCAGUCACCAGCGGAAAGCGGCCACGGAAGUCUGCGACAGGUUCAAGUGGUUCGGAACGUGCUUUACUCGAAGCGCGAAAAUGUGAACCUGGUCCACGAGGUCCUGCGACAAGCUUUUCUGGCUCCCUUUUCACAGGCGCAUACCACUAAGAGUGUCAUCUGCACCUACAGGGACUGGAUACAGAUGGCGUCCCCAGACAUGCCACCUUUUCUGGUCGACCCCGAAGGGAAGAAUGGCAAAGAAGACAAUCGCACUGAAGUAUCAGAGAUGAGCCAGAGUACAAGUGGAACAACUCCAGUGAAGAAGGAAAGCGUCUUUGCUGGAGUUCAGAACAUGUACCAAGUGUUCAUCACCAACGCCGCAAAUGUGUUUCUUCUCGAAGUUGGUCCCGACGAGAAGUCUUAUCUUGAUGAGCAGGUGGAGCUAUGCAAGCGAGUCAUGAACAUUUACCGAUACAUGGUCAUGAAAAGGCACAUGGAGAAGGCGACGUGGGAGCAGCUGUUGGUGGUUCUUCUGCGCGUCACCUCGCUUGUGCUCAAGACGACUCCGCCAGCACGCAAGGAAGAUGUCUUGGGAGGCAGGCUGGCCCCUGCGCUCUUCCAGACCCUGAUUGUCACGUGGAUCAAAGCGAACCUUCAUGCCACCAUCUCUCUGGACCUCUGGGAUGGUUUCCUGGGGGUGUUGUCCUCACUAACGCAGUGGGAGGAGCUGAUCCACGAAUGGGCGAAAACGAUGGAAACGCUCACCAGGAUUCUGGCACAGCACGUGUACCGGCUGAACCUCUCGGACCUGCCGCUGCAGAGGGAGCAACAGAACAAGAGGCGGCGAGGACUCAAGCACAACGCGGGCAACGCGCAGGGUGGCGGAGCCACCGCACGGACGAGAAACGGCGCAGGCAAAGGGGACGACCCGACGCCGGGCGGCGGCUCCGCAAAUGAGGGGACGUCGGCAAUGAGCAGCGCCAACCGCACCGUUGCGGGAGGCACAGCGGUACCGUCGCUGCGUACCUCGCCGAGUCUGACAGAAUCGCGAGACGGGAACCGCGAAACGGGCGUGCCACUGUCUCCUCGACUGCGCACCGCGAGCAUGGGCAGGCAGCUCAGCAGAAUCGAUGAUGAUGACAGAAAUUCAGACCGAGCUCGAUGCAACAGCGGUGAUAGUUCCUUACCAAGUCACCAGGGUGACAGGGCUUCGGAGAAGCCGCCACCUGUCGUGCGGUGUUACUCUGACGGCCACCUCCUCCUACACAAAGUUGAACGACUGCGGCGCAUGAGGAGGGCACACGCUGCUCCUGCUCAGGACAGGUUUGACAUUACGUCAGUGUCUUCCGACACGAACAUUCAGUCGGAUGGCCGGGUGUGCCCGUUCGGCCGGAGCAAGUCUGCGGAUUACUUGUCCCUAAGAGUGGAGUCGCCCUGCAUGUCCCACGCGUCAGAGUACCGAAGUCGUUCGCCGUCGCCCACGCCAUCUAGUGGCUUGGAGAGCACUAGCAUCAAGGACUCUCCCAUCCAAAUCGAGGUCAUCGUGACAAGCAGCGAAACCACCUGCAACGCAGCCGACGUAGGUCCGGGCACCGACCGACGCAGUGUCCUGGCUGGCGGCAGCGUGAAGGGCUGGCUUCCCGAGGUAGCUGUUGUCUUGUGGCGGCGGAUGCUGGGAGCCUUGGGCAAUGUGAACGCGAUCCGCGACCCGGCCAUCCACGCCCAGGUCAUGGAGCACCUCAUCGACCUCACUGAGACACUCAUUAAGAUGCGUGACAAUCUUGGAAUUACAGAAGACAACAUGACGACUCCUCCCCCUCCGACGCUCAUUCCUCCGCUUCUGCUGAUCGCGCCAUGGCUCUUCGAGGCGAUGGGUCUUCCCGAGGGCUUUGAUAAGGGAAAGCAGCUGGCUUUGAGGCUUCUGUGCUGGCUGACAGUGAGGCGCCACGACAUUCCCCUCUCCUUCGACUACCUCGCUCGCUUCUACCGGGUGCUGCAUGCCGGCUUGCUGGGGGAAGACCAGAAAGCUAUCAAUGCCAUUGUCAAGUACUGCGGGACCAAGUUUUUUGCAAGCAGGCUCCCCGGCCACACCGUGCUCCUGCUCAACUUCAUCCAUGGUGCCAGCACCAUUAUAACUUCCAAUUCCAUCAAAGGGAUGCCACGGGUCGAGGCAGUGACGCUACUGGGCAGUCUCGUGUGCUUCCCGAACGUCUACAAUGAGCUGCAGGUGCUGCAGUGCACGCAGUCUGAGCCGCCACAACUGGCAGCAGCGGCCAGCAUCAAGGAACUCAUUGUAGACUUGCUGCUGAAAGCAGGGAAGUCAGACCCAGAUGGAGUGGCAAGGUGCACAGCGAUAUGUGCCCUGGGGAUGUUUGCUUACGAGGAACUGUCCCAUCAGACCGGCCAUCCCAAGGCUCGGGAGGCCAUUGGGGUGCUCCUGCUGUCCAUAAGGCAUCACAACCGCAUUAUCGCGCAAGUUGCUGGCGACAUGCUGCGAUUGCUGUGCGACCAUGCCGCCCACCUCACUGGACAGAUGGACCAGGUUCCAGCCAUAAUUGUCGAAGUGGUAGCAUCUACUAUCCACAACCUUCUCCCCAGCGAUGAUUCUGAUGUUAAGGACGAGAACAAAAAGCUGGUGUUGUCGCUUCUGUUCUGCCUGGCCGACUGGUGCAUGAACAUUCCGCUGCGUGCCCUGACAACACCGCAGGCCGACGGCUGCUCUCCGUUGCUAUCCACACUAAACGUGUUGGACCACAUCCUGGCGGGCAAGAGCCCGCUGCUGCGGCCGGAUGUCCUAUCCCUUCUGCAAGCACUCUGCCCGAGCAUUGUCCUCGGGGACAUCGAAGCACAGCCGGGUGAAGGCCACGCCAAGACCCCACACUCCAGUUCCUUGGCACACCUACCCGGUGGUGGCAAGAUUGCCCGUUCCAUCGCAAGUUUUGUGCCGCCGGCUGUGCUUCAGAGUGAUUUUCGGAAGAGUGGCAACGUGAAGCUUGCAGCGAGAAUGGUGUUGAGUCACUUACUCCAUCAACUCGGCCACUUUCCGAUGGGCCUGGGUGCGGCUCAGCUCACCAGCCUGGUGGCAGAGCAAGAUGACGUGCCUGCCCUCCGCGACAGCGAGUUGUCCAAGGAGGUCUUCUCCGCGCCAAACAUACAGCUCUUUGUUCUCAACAACAUGUCCAUUCUGUCGCUCGUCGAGAUUCCUGCCGAGGAAACUUCGGGAGGUGCCGCAAGCGUGGGUCUGACAACAGGCAAGUCCCAAGUGCGGGCCAUCGUGCGCGACCUGAGUGGCAAAUUUUCCUGGGACUGUCUGACACUGUACGGACCUCACGGCUGCCGCGCAGGCUCCUAUCCACCUGGCCCCGUCCCCGACCCGUGCCUUCACUACACGACUCACCGUGGCCGAAGCCAAGACCUUCAGGAGCAGCAGCGCUGCCAGGCCGACGCUGCUGCUCGAGAGUCGGGGCGCCGGAGUCCCCUCCAUCGGCCGCCCGACCAGCUGCCCAUGCUAGAAAACACGCAAGACAACUACGACAACCUGGAUGAUCUGCUGCAGUACAUUGGGCACACGAGCCCAGAGUGUUUGCAGCUGCCCUGCCAGCGGCUCAACUCGGCACCCAAGGCGACCGACGAAUUGGCGGGCAUUCGCGAGGCCGAGACCGUACACCUGCUGCUUAACCAGCACACCCAGGAGGUCCAGCACACCGCGCAGGCCGCCUACAGUCCCGAGAUGCUGGCAAAGGCCGCCACCCCUCCAAAUCCAGCCGAGCCACUGUCGCCGUUCCAGUACUCACGGCUGCUUCUGGAAAACUUCAACUUCUUCGCAUGGGAAAAGAGGCCGAAAUUUGACCUUGUGAAGAAGAACGAGAAGCUGCUGCGAGAGCUGCGGAACCUCGACAACCAAAUGUGCCGUGAAACGCACAAAAUAGCUGUGAUCUACGUGGCAGAAGGCCAGGAGGACAAGAACUCUAUAUUCAUGAAUAGUAGCGGUAGCCGUGCCUUUGAAGAGUUCGUUGCAGGUCUUGGUUGGGAGGUUGAUCUGGAGGUGCACACUGGUUACAAUGGUGGUCUCGAGACCAACAAGAGCACGGGUAGCACUGCACCGUAUUACGCUACCUCGUUCAUGGAGGUUCUAUUCCAUGUCUCUACACGAAUUCCGGCUGUUGAGAAGGACUCCAUCACAAAAAAGUUGCGUCACCUGGGCAACGACGAAGUCCACAUCGUGUGGUCGGAGCACACACGAGACUAUCGGCGCGGCAUCAUCCCGACGGAGUUCUGCGACGUGCUCAUUGUCAUCUACCCACUGGGAAACUGGCUCUACCGUGUCCAGAUAAACCCAAAGCCAGAGGUGCCAUUCUUUGGGCCUUUGUUUGAUGGUGCCAUUGUGGACCACCUGGUUCUGCCGAGGCUGGUUCGAGCGACAGCCAUCAAUGCUGGGAGGGCCGUCAAUUCGCUCAAACCUAUGUUCCGUACAUACUACGAGCAGCGAGCGCAGGCAUUAGAGACAAUUGUGCAGAACUACAAAGAGCUCACAACGUUUGAAGAUUUUGCCUCCAAGGUUAUGGCCCCAGCACCUGCCAAAAGCCCUCUCGUGCUCCGUCGAUCGGCUGGCCCGUCUGGAUCGGAGGGAGGCUCGCCUCAGCUGGGGUCAACGUUAGCCGCUGCACUGCUGGACAGCGACAGCGGCUCAUCGUCGAUGCAGCACCACCACCCUCGCCCACGGCCGGCCACUGUGUCCAGUUCGGCCGGCGACCAGGGUUCGUUCUCUUUCAGAGAGCACCACGCCAUUCCAGCUUCACAGAGCCACAGUUCAGCACCUGUGCCCAACUGAUGCGGGUCCCAGACGUUGUUUUUUCUCGCUUUGUUUUUCCCGCCGGCAGUCCGGUGAUUUCAGCUUCUCUCGACCACCUCUUUUCUGUUACUGUUAUUAUUAUUAUUGCCUAUUAUAUGUUUUAUAUACAUAGAUAUAUAUAUAUAUAUACAUACAUACAUUUAUGACGCAAGUGACCUGUUGUUCUGAUGAGCACCCCUAGAUUCGCUAUUGGACGCGAUGUUUAUGCUGUCGGCAGUCGUGUGCUCUUGUUACCGCAUGGCGAGGAAUGUGUACUGUGCUCCGAAACUCUUGAAUGGGAGGCAGGUUUCGCGAACUUUUUUAGAGCGAUUAUGGCAGAGGGCGCGAAAGGAAGCUGAUGGUGAAUGAACUGGCCAUUGCAUUCAUGGAGAAUUUGUAUGCUUUGCAGAAACGUGCUUGCUGCGUUGGGAAAAUGCAUUGCUCUCAUAAUUGAUCUUGCCACCUUGGGGAUUCGCUGUGAUUGAGUAUUCAUUAAGUUUUCUUUCUUUUUAUAACGUUUAUAUCAUUCUUUUACAUCAACCGGGGAGAUGGUUACAGCGACAUGGCACGCUUGUUCAAAGGUCUUGGACAAGCGUAGUUUGCGAAGUUGCGCAGGCAUGGUCAGUAGCGUGUGUUUGUCACAAGAGGUAGUACAGUUGAACCUCGUUAUAGCAAAAUAGCACUGAGACCGUAAAUUAGUUUGCUACAAUUGAUGCUCAUUGCUAUAGUAGAGAUAAAAUUUGGCUUUAAUAGGUCAUCAAUGUGGCUCACACGAAAGUCAUGAAUACAAAAAGACUAGCCUGCAAUACCCCUCUGAACAAGGUAACCCUUACCUGUUACCUUGUGGCACUUCAAAAUAGACCAGGACGUGGGAGAAUAAAAUUACAAUAGAUUGAAGUUCAUUAGAUAAAAUAGGCCUGCUUUUAUGUUUAAAUAAGGAUGUGAUCUGCGGUUGAAAAAGGAUGCGAAAAUGUGGUUGUGAAUUGGUCUUUCAAUACUUACUUUGCUUUUUAUGCAAUCUUUCAAGUUUCGAGACUGGUGCAUACAUGUUUCCUCGCUACAACCGAAGUCGCGAUGGCUCUCGCAUUUUCUGUUUCCUCAUAAGAAUAACAAACAUCACAGAAAUGGAGAAUUUCUAACUGAAGUUCAGAUUUAGUUCGCUAUAACCAACAAUACGUUAUAGCAGUGUUCAAUACAAAGAGGUUCAACUGUGCCACAAGACGUUACAAAGCGUCGGAACUUUUCUGUCACUUUUCACUAGCUACGUUGGGAAAUGCCAUUGCGGAAAUGAGCAGCGGUCGAGUGACUGAUGAUGUUGCUAGUGUUUUCGUCUGGGGGGGGAAGUGUCUUCAUAAUGACAGCAACCGUACUGUCAAGUGCAUCUCUCGACUCCUUCUGCAUUGCAGCUCGCCAUUACGAUGUGAAGGCAGCGAAAGUUCGAAAUGUCUUCCAUAGAUCAAAGUGCUAGCUAGCCUUCAUUUGUGCAUCUUAGGGCAAGAAACGUUUGUUUUAAACGGGCACACGAAUGUGCAAUCUUUUGAAUUCAUGCUCAUGAAUAUAAAAGCCCCCUUUCAGGUCUUUUUCGGGUUGUAAAGUGUGCUUUCUCAAGUGAAGUUUCCAUACAAGGUGUAAGCUAACAAGCUAUUCAGGCAUAGAAAAAACAAGCUUUUUGCUUUAUUGCAUAAGUUUAUUCUUUCCUGACAGAGCUUCAUGAUAGAACUUGUUAAUGAGAUGUAGAGUAAUUGGGUUCACAAUGCACUGGGCAACAAGCAACAGCAAGGCUGCUAUUGUUGCUGGCUUUAAUAUUCCUCAAAUGUUGUAUUGAAUCUCUCAUUUCUUUCAUUUUUCUCUGGCAUGCUGUCUUGACAAAGCUUUAGUGUAUGAGCUGGGCUUCAAUGAAUUUUGCAUUGAACUCUCAUUACUGUCCCUAGUUUUACCCCUUUUCCCCCCCCAAUUGUGCUUGUACUUGAACAUAUUCAAUAUGUCGUGCUUGCAUUAGAAUGAACACGUGGUAGAAAAAAACAUUUCGUAGCUUUCAUUUUAAUAUCAGCAUUAAACAAAAAGCUUUGACAAGGAGUUACUUAUUUCUUUACUAUUCACUUCAGUUUUGCUGAUAAGUUUAUAGCUGAGUUAUCCAGGUAACACGUUAAAGCUGUUGCUUUUUGUCAAGGUACCCCCUAUCGAAAUAUGUACUGCACCUAUCUGCACGUUCACUCGUGGUUUGAAAAGUUUCGUUAUAGUAUUAGUUUUUUUUAGUCAUACUGUGUCCAAGAUUUGAGGUGGCGGUUUCGCGAAUGAUUUCCUAGGAAGUGUUUCGUAGCAUUGACAUUUCUAACGGGGCAGCAUUCUGACAUGUUCUAGCGUUGUAUUAGUGCCAUGUAAAUAGGCUGACACGUUGAGAAGUGUUUGUGCACGUGGUUCUAUGUGGCAUGUAUGUGCAACUCUUACUCUAGAUGAAACAGGGGCCAAGCUUGCGCAAACACACAGUACUACACACACACACGCUUAGCUUACACACAACAGCGCCUCGAAGUGCUUGCCAGCAGCGUCUUGCCACCCAUUUUUUCAUCGACGGCAACAGAUGAUCGAGUGUUAGGCUGCGUCGCUCUUCGAAUGAAACGACGCUCGCGUCGCACAGGACUGUCUUAAAUCGUAUGCAAGCAUUUCUCGGCAUGCUCUCAAUCAUUGUACUUAAACUAAUGCCACGUCACAACUCGCUCGAAGCGGAUGCAUCAUCGAUGGCCCGAUAUCGGCACUGUGUCCUUGUACAUAAUGUAAAUGCACACUUUAAAGUCCGCGUAACGUUUCCCAGUUUCUUUGUAAUGCACUUCGAGUGGCCGAACCGUGACGCGAGUACGUUUAAAACAUCGUCCCCAAUCUUGUGUUCCUAUGGCUGGCCGUGUUGUGGGAACUUCCAGAAUAAGGAAUCCGAUAACACUUGAGAUUGGAAGAGGUUUUUUGUUUUGUUUUGUACCUGUCUUGCAAUUGCAAUCUGCUUGCCAGCAUAUCCCAUGUCGAGACGUUGCAUAUAGUGCAAACAAGGUGCUGUAUCAGUUACAAAUGUACAUAACUUACUGCAAGUUUCGACAUUGCGAACAUUGCGACUUUUACUGCAAGUGCAAAGACUUGUGCGGGCCGAAGUAUUGUGUUGAAUAUAAGGAACCACGCGAAUUCUGCACGUGAUUUUUUGGGGGGAAGUGUGUGUUUUAUUGAACGUGGCCUUUUCGAGGUAAGAAUGAAAGGCCGUCACAUGCAAUUUGCGACCUGAUGCAGACGACUCUUGGAAGCUCUCAACUAGUGCCGUGUGUAAAUAAAUGUCUGCAUUUCUUGUACUGUUAAAGCUGAGGCUUCCAGCCAUUUUUGUUACUUUAGAUUCACCUGUCUACAAUUAAUUCUCAACAGGUAAUGAAUUAACAAUCUAAGUUCAGAAGCAGGACUGCCCGCUGGUAUGAACAGUGCACAACCAGCACAGUGUUAUUGGUGUUCCGCACAUUUAUGUCAUGAUCAUGACAGCUGAUUUUGUUAGCUUUGAAAGUCUCAUUGGAUGAUAUCACAUUACUUGUAGCUGAGGAUCCGUGGAAUUUCAUUGUGUUACUUUCAAGAGUUCAAUACGUUUGCGCCACCUUUGGGAAACAGCUACUGUGCCAUCGAAUGAACGCGAGAUCUUUGACGAGCUUUAUGGCUGAGAGAAGGAAAUCGGGAUUGUGUUUUCUAGGUGUUCUGUGAAUGCGUGUGAGAUGCACGGAUGACAUAUGCAUAAAAAUCAAGAUUGUACAUAAAAUAUGUGCACUCGUAGGCUUGCUCACAUUUUUUUUUUUUGUAAUUUCGUGAGGCUUAUUUUAUAACUUAACGGGGUGGCCUGCACUGCGGUGUUAAUACGUCAUGAAUUAAAGUGAAAAGUAAAAAAAAAAUGGAAAUUAACAAGUGCUUUCAAAGCAAGCCACAUCUGUCUUGUAUGUGUGGUUCAGCGUGCAAUAAAAAAUGCGAGGAAA